CCCCCCAUUUCCCGGGCGCGGUGGGAAGCUGACCGGCCUCCUGGGCGGAGAAGGUGUUGUGAUGCCACCAUCUCCUCCUGUCUGCCACUGACGCCGCUGUAUUCUGAGUCGGAGAAUCCGCCCAUAGCGAGGCGGAGAAACAAGACUGAGAGGAUCAUGCCUGCUGCGCCACCUCCCUUGCAUCCUGCAGCGGGGCCGGAGGGUUCCUGUAACUUCUCCUACCACCAUUGUUCCGAACCUCAAGGAAUUUUUGAUCCCACUUUAAGCUGCAUGAGAUCACGUGUGACUGAAAGAAUAUUACAAAGUACUUGCCCACCAAUUGCCCAUGGAAGUUAUGGAAAGCCCUACUUUGGUACAAAUGGUUUCAGUUCUCCUUUUACAAAUUUUCGGACUGCUUUCCACACUAUCCAUUCUGAGAACAGCCCAGUAAAGCCAAGGAUUAUCACAGUAGUGAAGCCCUGUGGACAUGCCGUAAGAAAGAUAACGUUGCUUUUAAAUCGGCGUUCUGUUCAAACAUUUGAACAGCUGAUUGCUGACAUCUCAGAAGCCUUGGGAUUUCCACGGUGGAAGAAUGAUCGUGUGAGAAAAUUAUACAAUCUAAAGGGAAGGGAAAUCAGAAGUGUUUCUGAUUUCUUUAGAGAGGGUGAUACAUUUAUAGCUAUGGGAAAGGAACACUUAACCCUGAAAACCCUUGAAAUGGCAAUCCAUGAACUUUAUCCUGAUAAGCCUUACGUUCUUCUUACUAGGGCUUCAGAAAAUUGGGAACAACCUCAGAAGCUGAAACACAGAAUGCAUGAGAAAACUUCUAAGUUAGAAAAGAGCCUUGAACCCACAGUUGUUAACAACUGCAUGGAUGUCAUAUCUCCUAAACUAUUUAACAAGCAUUACAUCAAAGCUCAGACUAGGAACAGACAGGAAGAGAAAUUGAGGCCCAAAAAGAGAUGGAUAAGAGACAACUGGCAUGGAGAACAUGAGUUGAAACCCACUAGAAAACCUAAAGAAAUUGAGGAAUAUUUUAACAAAGAGAGAAAUCCUGAAAGUGACACUGAAAGUAGUUCGGAUACAAUUAUCAGAUGUGAGAAAUGUGAAAGAGAAAGACAGCUGAAACAAAAUUUGCAAAAAGAAAGACAGAAUGAUUUUCAGUUUAGGAACAGAGACUUGAAUGUAAGAGCAUGUAAGAGAUACCAUGUUGAAAAACCUGCAAAAUUGAGAAGUUGUAGGAAAUUACUAGAACACUCAGUAGAAGAAGCUGAAGUUACGUGGAAGGAAGCUGGUUGUCAGAGUACAUCGACAACUUCACAUAAUCAUACCAGUAAAGAUCUUGAGAAGCAAAAAAGAAGUAUUUACAGAGAUCAGAUCCUGCAGAACCAGGAUGAAGAAUUAGGAAUAAUGAAGACAAAACCACUAGAAAGUCAGCACACUAUAGUAGGAGAUAUCUAUGAGCUAAAGAAGGAACAUAGAAAACGUUCUAGAAUGAAUCAGAGCUGUUGGUUGAUAAAAAGUUCCCAGGCUGAUGGAGAGAAGCAAACAAAAUUUCAAGGAGAAAAAAAAGAGGUACAGAAGUUAAAAGAAGGAAAUACUAGAGAUGAGAAAAUGGAGCAGGGGGAGAGUAAACAGAUGAAUCAGGAAAGGGAGGAAAAACUUAAAAUUAACAAAGAAGAGAAAAACCAGUGUAAGUCCAGUGAUGUAAAAUUGAGACAUGAUGUCUCUAGCAGAGCAGAUAUGGAAAAUUGCUAUGAAAUUGGCAGAACUAUUGGAGAUGGGAACUUUGCUGUUGUGAUGGAGUGUCAUCAUCGAAGCACUAAUCAGAUCUAUGCAAUGAAAAUCAUUGAUAAAUCAAAGCUGAAGGGAAAGGAGGAUAUGCUAGAAAAUGAAAUCUUGAUAAUCAAGAGCCUCUCCCACCCCAACAUUGUAAGCUUGAUUGAAGUGUUUGAAAGUGAAGAAGAAAUUUACUUAAUCAUGGAAUAUGUCCCUGGUGGGGACUUAUUUGAUGCCAUUAUAGAGAGUGUGAAAUUCACAGAACAUGAUGCUGCUCUCAUGAUAACAGAUCUGUGUGAAGCCCUUAUAUAUAUCCACAGCAAGAACAUAGUUCACAGAGAUCUCAAGCCUGAAAAUCUUCUGGUUCAGCGUAAUCCAGAUAAAACUACCACAUUGAAACUAGCAGAUUUUGGUCUUGCAAAACAGGUGGUAAGACCAAUAUUCACUGUAUGUGGAACUCCAACUUAUGUUGCUCCUGAAAUACUUGCUGAGAAUGGCUAUGGUUUAGAAGUUGAUAUGUGGGCUACUGGUGUAAUACUCUAUAUUUUACUUUGUGGCUUUCCACCUUUCCGAAGUCAUGAACGAGAUCAGGAAGAGUUAUUUCAAAUUAUACAGCUUGGACAGUAUGAAUUUCUCUCUCCGUACUGGGAAAACAUUUCAUCUGCUGCAAAAGACCUGAUAAACCGACUUCUGGUAGUUGAUCCGAAAAAGCGCUAUACUGCUCAACAGGUUCUUCAGCAUCUAUGGAUCCACACAGCUGGAAAAAACAACUGUAGAAAUCUCCAAAGCCAGAUGACCAUCAAUCUCGAGCACCACUUUAGAAGUCAGUGCAAGUCAGAAGUUACCAAAGAAGACUCAUAAGGGAUCAUACACACCAAGGACAAUGUUUUUUCAUUCUGUAUCCGUACGAUCUUAUUUCAGAGAUCAAAUGUUAAGGUUUUAGGCAAAUUCAUUACUUCUGUUGGAGUUGAAGUCUGCUGAACAUAUAUCACUUUAACUGAUUUUAUGUGGUAUCAUACAGUCAUUUCAUGGUUCUUUGAACAUAGCAAUUUUUCAUUUUUGAAAAAGGAUUUCUUUUUAAGUGAACAAAAGAACUCCCACAUGUAAGGCAAGAUUUUGAUUGACUUUGUCAUGCAUUUUGAUGAUUAAGACACUUCUCUUUGGUCUCCAAAGAGAAAUAUGUAUUUUUUUCCACAGAUACUAAGUUAUUUAGUAUUAAUUUUGUAUGUUUCUAUCUUACACCUGACUUUAGGAAUUAAGAAAUACAGUCUUGUUACUGAAAUAUAUUUUGAAAACAUUUUGAAAAUGUGACUUACCCAAGAACUUGUCAAACUGCUGGGUUAAAAUGGGUAAGACUGAAUCUAUUUUUGAAUCAUUCACAUGUAUUAAAUAUUGUUACAUAAAGGCAAAAAUCCAGAGAAUUAUUUUCAGUAUACUUAAUAUCCUGGUAAUUGAACCAGCUACCUAGAUUUUUAAAUUAAAAGACAUGAAUAUGUUUGAUUUGUUUAUUAAACAAAUCUUAGUUUCAAAAGCUUGUUGUGGUAUGAGUUGCUUAAAAGAAAAAUCCUUUGGGGGCAUAUUAAUUUUUUGAAACCAUGUUAUUGAAGAUAUCUGUAAUGUAUUUGAACUUUAGGAGGGAAAUUUGGGCGGGAAAAUGCACGUUGCUGAUUGGCUGAUGCCUCAGCCAAAAUACUAUUUAUUUUUUUGCCUGUUGGCUUUUUUGCUGGGAUCACAAUAAACUACAGAGCUGUUGUCACUUGUAUCGUCUCCUGCCUCGUCAUUGCCCAAACUUAACAUUGGCGACGAGGAUGGGAUUUUGAAGGCAGCGAGACUAGGAAAAGAGCUGAAGGAGCGACUUAGUUUAAAACCCAGCCAAUAGUAAGAGCGGAUACAUAGCGAUGUCUAGCUAUAUGCCGCCAGCGCCAUUCGACCCAGCCAAGGAGAAAUGGGGGUCGUACAUGGCUCGUUUCGAGUGUUUCCUCGAAGCUAACGAAUUGCAAGGAGUAUCGGAUAAUCGGAAGCGUGCUUACUUCCUGAGCCACUGUGGGCCAAAAGUCUUCGAUACCGCCGAAUCACUGUCGUAACCAACGCCGGUACAGUCGGUGCCAUGGCAAACGCUACAGACGACGCUACGAGCACACUGUGCGCCGGUGCCAUCAAAGUUUGUACAAUGGUUCGAGUUGAGGCAAAGAGUUCAGUGAGAGGGCGAAUCGAUAAGCGUCUACAUGGCCGGAUUAAAGAAAGCCGCAAACCACUGUGAGUAUAGGGACUUGGAUGACUCUCUAUUAGAACAACUCAUUUGUGGGGUCAGGGACAUCUGACUACAGAGGCGGCUGCUGUCGAAAAGCAACCUAACCCUGGCGAUAGCCCUGGAUGAGGCCAGGGCACACGAGAUGUCCACCAAAGCGGCGGAAACCUUACAAAAGCCGAACACGCCGAAUGCCACGGCGAAAGCAACGCCAGUCCACAGCGAAGAAAUCCAGGCCAAAUCGGACGGUGAGGAAGAGGAAGAGGUUUUCCACACCGGGAGGCCGGAGAGAGGUGACCAGGACGAGUGCAUGAAUUGCGGAGGCCAACACCAACGACAGAAUUGCAGGUUCAAAGACGCGAUUUGUCGGCGGUGUGAAAAGAAAGGACACAUAGCUCAGGCCUGUCGAGCCUCCCAACCUUCCCGCCAAAGAUUCAAACCGGCCAAUCAAUAGGGUGCCGGUUCAGCGAAGCGGCCAGGGAUUGGCCAAUUCAAAAAAGGCGCGAAGUUGAAUCAGACCACUGUGAGAGUGGGCCACGCAUCGACACAGCUAGAAAAGAAAAUAUUCACCAAGACAUACAUCGAAGGAGUGCAGUGUAAAAUGGAGGUGGAUACCGGCUCAUCAAUCACGAUUAUGUCUUGGGACACAAUCGCAAAGGACCUGCCAGACGUCGCGAAACGCCAACUGCAACCCCAAAAGCUGAGAGUGCAAGACUACCAGGGGAACCGAAUCCCUGUUCGAGGGGUCACAUCCGUCAGAGUGAAAUAUGGACAAUUCAAGAAAACCCUGCCGAUCACCAUCGUAGAUGGAAACCUGCCCAGUUUGCUAGGUCUGGACUGGUUCAGAGCCUUGGGCAUAGAAGUAACCGGGAUUCACAGAAAUGGAGUCAACCUGAAGGACGAGUUAUUGAGAGAAUUCGAGGACGUUUUCCAAGACUGCCUGGGCAAGUACGUGGGGACCCCCAUCUCAUUCAAUUUGGACCCUCAGGUGGCCUAGAUCUUUGGACCCUAGAUUAAAGGCUAGGAGGGUCCCAUUCGCCCUCAAACCCAAGAUUGACAGGGAACUAGACAAAUUAGUAAAUCAGGGAAUACUAGUCCCCGUCGACCAUGCAAAAUUGGAGACACCAAUAGUGACCCAGUCCGGAUUUGUGCUGACUAUAAGGCAACGCUUAACAAAGCAUUGCAAAAGAGUGCUUACCCCAUUCCCGUAGUGCAACAUUUGUUGCACUCGUUAGGGCAGGGACAGGUCUUCGCCAAACUCGAUCUGGCUCAAGCCUACCAACAAAUACCGGUAGACAAUGAAACGGCGGAAGCGCAGACGAUUGUCACACAUCGGGGCGCGUUUAAAUGUACUCGACUUCAGUUCGGAGUUAGUGUAGCCCCCGGGUUAUUCCAAAACCUAAUGGAGCGACUCCUGCAAGGUCUACCAGGAGUAGUCCCAUAUUUCGACGAUGUACUGAUAUCGGCAGAAAACUUGGAAGAAUUAGGGGUCAAAUUGCGGAAGGUUUUGGGCAUUUUCAGGUCUGCGGGGCUUAAGGUUAAACUCAACAAAUGCCAGAUAGGAGUUGAAUCUGUAGAAUUCUUGGGUUACCGGAUAGAUAAGGAAGGCAUCCACCCAACGGAGAGCAAAGUGUGAGCCAUUAGAAAGGCCCCAACCCCAAAAAACAAAACAGAAUUGCAAGCAUUUUUGGGGCUUGUAAAUUUCUAUGCAGUAUUUUUAAAAAAUAAGGUAACGGUAGCCGAACCGCUACAUAAACUGUUAGCGAAGAAAGCUGUUUGGACUUGGGGCAGGGUUGAAGCUAAGGCAUUUGAAGGAGUUAAGAAUCUCUUGUCCAGCGAUAGCCUUCUUAUUCAGUACAAUGGGACAUUGCCACUAGUACUUGUUUGUGAUGCAUCACCCUAUGGAGUAGGGGCUGUCCUCAGCCACAGAUUACCGAACGGGUCAGAAGCCCCUAACGCAUAUUUUUCCCACACGAUGUCCGCAGUGGAAAGGAACUAUAGCCAACUAGACUGGGAAGCCCUGGCUAUAGUUUCUGGGGUUAAAAAAUUCCACGAAUACCUGUUUGGGCGGCAAUUCAAAAUAGUCACAGACCACAGACCAUUAUUGGGACUAUUGGCGGGGGACCAUCCAACACCGGUUGCAUUAUCACCCAGGCUGACCCGUUGGAAUAUUUUCCUGGCAGCAUAUUCAUACAAACUGUCUCACCGACUGGGCAAGGAUUUAGGACAUGCGGACGCUUUAAGUAGAUGCCCGUUGCCAGAGACAAUUGAAGACCUGACACCAGGGAUGCCCGUCUUGUUAAUUGACUCUUUGGACUCUGGCCCAGUCACAUCUAUGGAAGUGACUAGGGCAUCUUACAAAGACAUUGUCAUAAGAACUGUGAUCGGUUGGGUGCAGAGGGGAUGGCCCACUGCACCGGGGGAUCGUUUCAAAGAAUUUACAAAAAAGCAUUCGGAACUGUCGGUACAAGGGGGUUGUCUGUUAUGGGGGGAUAGAGUGGUUAUUCCGGAGAAAUUACGAGGGCAUGUGUUGGAACUAUUGCAUGUGGGCCACCCGGGGAUUGUAAGGAUGAAAAGCCUAGCGAGAAGUUACGUGUGGUGGCCACAAAUGGAUAAAGACAUUAGCGACUGGGUAGGGAAAUGCCAAGCAUGUCAAGAAUCAAGGCCACUACCCCCAACAGCCCCCAUAAGGGAGAAACCCCAGGGUCCUUGGUCCAGGAUCCAUAUAGAUUUUGCCGGGCCGCUCCAUGGGCAGACCUUCUUAAUUGUGGUAGAUGCCUAUCGAAUUGGUUAGAAAUU